CCACCUAGACCUCCUGAGGGUAGUACUCACUUUCUUCUGAAGUUCCUCCUUUCACUGAACAGAUAAAAAUUGGCUGUAUCACAUCCUGGUAUUACCACACCGAAGAGACUGGGCACUCGGUGACAGACGCAGCACGGGUGUUCAUCUAGAGUUUCUGAUUCUGACAACUUUAAAGUCUAGACUUAGAUUUGAUCAGUGCUCAUGGAGGUCAAAACUCUCCUGCUUUCUAUUAUAUUUGUGCAUACGUGUGAAGGCUCUGAACGCAACUUUGCUGUUAUGACAGAGACCUAUGACACAACAGAAAAUGAUUCCUUUUCAGGUGGGAUGUUGAAAGAAGAUGAUUCCGGAGAUUAUUCUACAACAGAAAAUGAUUCCUUUUCAGGUGGGAUGUUGAAAGAAGAUGAUUCUGGAGAUUAUUCUACAACAGAAAAUGAUUCCUUUUCAGGAGAGACCUAUAAAGUUAAAAUACAUAUUCCACAACCUCCCAUCAUCAAUGGCGCAGUCUCAUUCAUACUCGCUUCCAUACCAAUGUUUCCAGAUCCAAUUGUCCAGAUGGUCGGACCCAUUGAAGAAAUUAUUCCAGUUAGUCAGCCAUGUAACAGCAGCGAUCAGAAUGGAGUGAAGUACAACAAGACUACACAGGAUGCAUAUAAUAUCACAGAUGAUGCUAUUCUCUUCCUCAAAGGCCUGAUGGUCACACGCCUCAUGCCCUCAUUUUACAUCAUAAUUAUCCUAAUUAGUUUGCCCCUAAAUGCUUUGGCCUUUGUAAUGUUCACCUGUAGGAUUCGAGAGAAGAAACCAGCUGUGAUCUACAUGGCUCACCUGGCGUGUGUGGACCUGCUCUUCACCCUGCUGCUGCCUCUGAAGAUCCACUACCAUCUGAACGCCUCAGACUGGGUGUUCGGUGAGGCAGCGUGUCGUGCGCUCAGUGCAGCUUACUACUGCUACAUGUACUGCUCCAUACUGCUGAUGAUGUGCAUGAGUGUGGACAGGCUGCUGGCUGUGGUGUUUCCUAUCGCCUCUCUGACCUGGAGGAGCACAAGGAAAGCCACAUGCAUAUGUGCCUUUGUCUGGCUGCUGGCGGUUGCUGGUACAGCCCCGCUUCUCUUUAUAACACAAACAUUCAAGAUAAAGGAUGUGGGUGUCACCUGCCAUGACGUGCUGUACGACAAACAGCUGUAUGUGUACCUGUUCUCCCUCCUCUCCUGCCUCUACUUCUUCUUGCCUCUGGUCGUCACCAUAGUGAGUUACUCUACCAUGAUAUAUGCGCUCACUAUGAAGAAUGAUAACUUGAAAACAUCAUCCUCAGACAAGCGAAGGAGGGCUGUGAUUAUGACUGUAGCUGUGCUGAUGGAGUUUGUAAUGUGCUUUGCACCAACAAAUGGCAUCUUGUUUUACCACUGUGUUCGUUUGGCCACCAGAGGCAGCAGUGAGGAGGGGAAAUAUUACCUGAUUGUUGCGUGUUUGGGGAGCGCAAGUGUUUUUCUGGACCCUCUGCUGUACUACUAUGGCUCGUCUCAAUGCAGAAAGCAGAUCCGCUCUCUGAUCUGGUGGAGGAAGGCAAAAAGCACAAGCUCACCAUCAAUCACAAACAGUCAAACAAAAUCCUCUAACCUGAGCUGUGAGUAUACUCAGGCUCGCAUUAAGGUUUGAGUUGAUGGUGAUUGUUUUUUUGUUGUUUUUUUUUUCAUUUAUAAAUGCAUAGUCUGUAUUGCACAGACAAUUGCUGUUUUAUAGGUUCACUCAACUGUGUUCAAUUGCCAGUUUUAAAUUACUGAAAUAUGCACAUUUUUAAUGUUGGUCUUUGCAUAUACAUAUAGCAUACAUACAAUCAUAUUGUACAUUUGAAGCUUGAAAACAUUGUACACAACAUUGAAGUGCACUUGGUUUGUAUCUUAAACAUGGUGUAUGCAAAUUUUGUAUAGUCAUGAUUUUUGUUGCAAUAUGCAUUCUGUUACAGUGCUGAUAAGUGUAACUUCCCUAUUUAUAAUCUACUGUACUUAAAA